UGAAAUUGGCGUAUGUGUAUGUAAUCUAGGCGUCAAGCUUGUUGUGAAAACAACUUUUCUUUAAGCAAAAUGGAAGAUGAAGACGAAGUUGAUGUUUUGGGAGAUUUCUGCUUAAAUCUUGAAACGGAUUUGAACCAAUAUGAUGCCGGGGAAUUUCCAGCGCAGAAUUCUGAAUUGUUGGGCGACUAUAUGCAACAUCCUUGGCUUCUUGAAAAUUCACAAGUCUGGAAUAUGCCUAUGAUUGAUCAUGCCAACGAAGACAAGAAUAAAACACUUUUAGAGAAUAUGCUUCAUGAGGAGAAGAAACAUUUUUCAAGCAACAAUACAAUGGUAACUGCUCCAUCAACUACAACCUCUACAUUAGUUGCAUCUAAAGUAAGUCCUAUCUGGACAAAAGAAGACAUAGCAUCUCUUCGCAAAGGCAUUGGGCUGCACAAUCAAAAUUGGAGCAAAGUUGCCAGAGCUGUUGGAACCAAGACUACCCUACAAGUAAAGAGUUACAUCAAGUCACACCCGGAACUUAUUACAAGUUCAUCAGUUCACAUCUCUAAUACACCCUCACCUCCUCAGUUCAUCAAUGAAGUUGAAGUUGCAAAUGAUGAACCAGCUUCUCAUUUCUCAAUGGGAGAUAUUGUCUAUGAAGCAGAAGUUCCAGCAGUUUCCACAGAAGAAGUAAUUGCUAGUGUUGUAACCACCAAGUGGGAUUGUCCCCCAACGAAAAAUAGGAAAAAGAUUAUUCGUUCAAACCCCAAAUCUCCUCCGAAAGAUAUUAGGAAGGUGAAAAAUCCACUUUUAAUCAAAAAAGCUCCGGGAAGACCUAGGAAAAUUUCAAAAGAAUUACCCGUCCCUCCGCCACCAAACUGUAAUUUAAUCAUACGAGAUGACAUGAUCAUAAAGAAACCGGUUCCCAUUCUCCAAGGAGAAAUCAUCCGAUUACAAAGAACAAGUGAACUUUUAGACUCCGACAGUGACUCCGAAGUCGAUAUUGAUUGUAGCGACGAUGAAGAGGAACGCCAACUCGCAGCUAAAUCGCAAACCAUAACAAAUAACAACCUAAAAUCCCAGUCAUCAUCCGACGAAACGUGUACUCUCAUUAAAAUUGAAAAUGAAGAGGUUGAAGUCCCAGACGAUUUACCUCAACCUCCAGAACCACCUGCAAAGUGCACGCAAGAAGACAAAAGUGAAUGUGAAUCUUCCGAGACGGAUUCAAAGAAUCAAGAUAUUGGACUAACAGACGCCGAACCUCCGCAACCUGUCUUUACGUUUCCAAUUCCUCUAGAAGAGCGAAUAGUUGACGUUUCCAUUAUCACAGACGAGGAAAAAACAAUUCACUGGGACUUUUUCGAAGGUCGUCCAAGUAAAACGCCGGAGAGGUAUAUGAAGAUUCGUAACAGCAUUAUUCAAGAAUGGCGCCGGGUUAAACCCCGCUACCUUACGAAAACGUCUGUUCGUCCUUCUCUUAAAAAUUGUGGGGAUGUUAACUGCAUCAGCCGAGUUCACGCGUACUUGGAGCUAAUAGGAGCCAUCAACUUCGGAUGCGAUCACGUGCAGUACAACCGUCCAUUGCCACCAGUUCCCUGUCAUCGAGAGAGAAUAGCGAACAGUGGUGCCUACUUUGUGAACAACCUUCCUCUUAUUACUGGUCUACCAGCUAGAGUACGGAAAAAGAGACCUAAUCAUGAAAGUGGAGACGAAAAUGGAGGGUACACGAUUAGCCACGAUGGCUCUCAAAAUGGCUGCGUAUCCAGCUCCGGAUCUACAACUCCACCAAAAUCAAAACCGAAGAAAAGACCGAAGCCACAGGUUGAGGAACAGUCUCCUUUUCAAUUGGUUCCAUGUAUCAGCUUUAGUAGCGAGAAAACGGCGCCCUUUAGUGUCCGACUAUCUGUGGAAGCUCUUAUAGUCAUUGACCUCCAUUCACAUACAUGCACGACGGAAAUUAUUGGCUUACUUGGAGGGCAUAUCGUUACAGGGUCAGGAAAUUCUCCGGCAACGUUAUCCAUAGAAGCUGCCCAGCCUUGUCGAAGUCAAGCGACAAACCAUCAGUGCGAAAUGUGUCCUAUUUCUCAGACAGAAGGUAGUGAGGAGCUGCGAUCCCGUGGUCUGGAAAUUGUAGGCUGGUAUCACUCUCAUCCGACAUUCCCUGCUCUUCCUUCUUUACGCGAUUUAAAUACUCAAAACGAAUUCCAGCAAUGGUUUUCACGACAAGAUGCCCCGUUUGUCGGCUUGAUUGUUAACCCGUUCUCAUCUUCUGGAAUUCAAACAUCAAUGUCUCUUAAAUCAACGAUUCGAUGCAUCACUGUUCACGAUGACUUACCAUAUAAACACGAGCUGCCAAUUGUCUGCGGAGCAAAUGAAUUAGACAAAGUUCGAAAGACGCUUGAUGUCUUGGAGUCUAAUCUUGACUCGUGCUCCACUUUGGUCCCGCUGAACCUCAAAUAUCCUUACCUUCCAACACGCUCAGAAGAAGGGAUCAUGAAUUAUGCAAAAAAAACUCUGUCUAGCAUUCGAACCCACCUAGAAAAAGUAGUAUCCACAACGGUAAUGGACGAAAUAGCUGAACUUGCCGAAGGUUUUCUAAAUCGAUUAAUAGCCCGCCAUGCAAGUCGUGUCAUCGUUGCUCCUGUUUUAACGAGUCCCUUGCCAUGCAGCAACUCCAUUUAAACUAUAUAUCAGGACAGUUUUACCUGGUUCCAAUUGAAUCAAACUACGACCUCUUUUCAACAAAAAAUUACGCUCACCUCGACUGUAUAUAGAGCUGCAAAUUGAAAUCGGGUGAAUUCUUGUUAUUUUAUAUAUUUUUUUUUGCCUAUUUCGGUUUGCUCUGAAUUUUAAUAAAUCAAGUACACUGUU